GUGACUCGGCCGGGGCGCCGCGGCGCGGGCCGGGAUGGAGUGAGGGGCGAGCGGCGGACAGAGCGCGGCCCUGCGGCCCCCGCCCGUGUCUCGCUCCGCCCCGGGUCUAUGCGGCCCCCCGGAGACCAUGGGAUCCAGGAUCAAACAAAAUCCAGAAACUACCUUUGAAGUGUAUGCAGAAGUGACCCACUCAGGAAUCAGUUGCAUUGGGAAAGAUCCUGAGGUGCGGAGGCAAUUCCCGGAGGGCUACAGUGACCAGGAAGUUCUACAGACUCUGACCAAGUUUUGUUUCCCCUUCUAUGUGGACAGCCAUGCCAUUAACCAAGUUGGGCAGAACUUCACCUUUGUGCUCACAGACAUUGACAGCAAGCAGAGGUUUGGGUUCUGUCGCUUAUCUUCGGGGGCCAAGAGCUGCUUCUGUAUCUUAAGUUACCUCCCGUGGUUUGAAGUCUUUUAUAAACUGCUCAAUGUCUUGGCAGAUUAUUCAGCAAAAGGACAGGAUAGUCAGAGGAGUGAGCUCCUAGAAACAUUUCAUAAACUUACCAUCCCUGAGCCAGGAACCUCUGUUCAUCUUGGAGUGCACUCUUACUUUACUGUGCCUGACACCAGAGAGCUUCCCAGUAUACCUGAAAAUAGAAAUCUGACAGAGUAUUUUGUAGCAGUUGAUGUUAACAACAUGCUGCAUCUCUACGCCAGUAUGCUGUACGAGCGCCGCAUCCUCAUUUGCUGUAGUAAGCUGAGCACUUUAACUGCCUGCAUCCAUGGGUCUGCAGCCAUGCUCUACCCGAUGUUCUGGCAGCACGUUUACAUUCCUGUCCUGCCCCCACAUCUCCUGGACUACUGCUGUGCCCCCAUGCCCUACCUCAUUGGAAUACACCUAAGUUUGAUGGAGAAAGUAAGAAGCAUGGCCCUGGAAGAUGUGGUGAUCCUUAAUGUAGACACCAACACACUGGAAACCCCUUUUGAUGACCUUCAGAGCCUCCCCAAUGAUGUGGUUUCUGCACUGAAGAACAGAUUGAAGAAAGUCUCUACAACCACUGGAGAUGGUGUUGCAAGAGCGUUUCUGAAAGCACAAGCAGCUUUCUUUGGGAGCUACAGAAACGCCCUGAAAAUUGAACCUGGUGAGCCCAUCACUUUCUGCGAAGAAGCGUUCGUGUCCCACCGCUCGUCUGUGAUGAGGCAGUUCCUGCAGAACGCCAUCCAGCUCCAGCUCUUCAAGCAGUUCAUUGAUGGGCGUCUGGAUCUGCUGAACUCUGGGGAGGGCUUCAGCGAUGUGUUUGAAGAGGAGAUAAAUAUGGGAGAAUAUGCAGGUAGCGACAAACUGUACCACCAGUGGCUGUCCACAGUGAGGAAAGGAAGUGGAGCCAUUUUAAACACAGUAAAGACCAAGGCUAACCCCGCCAUGAAAACUGUCUAUAAGUUUGCAAAAGAUCAUGCAAAAAUGGGAAUAAAAGAAGUGAAAAACCGCUUGAAGCAAAAGGACAUUGCUGAGAACGGGUGCUCGGCAGCGCCGGAGGAGCCCCUGCCAAGGACAGCGCCAUCGCCACUGGUUGAGAAGAAGGACCCGAAAUUAAGAGAGGACAGAAGACCAAUCACAGUACAUUUUGGUCAGCAGCACAGACUCCGCCCGCCGCGCCCACCGCCCCCAAAGAUCCAGCGCUCCUCCAGGCCCGUUCGCCCCCCAAGACCUCAUGUCGUUAAGAGGCCCAAGAGCAACAUUGGUGUGGAGGGCCGGAGGACGUCAGUUCCCAGCCCAGAACACCUCGUAAAGCCCAUGCGACACUAUACAGUCUUCCUCUCUGAGGACUCCUCUGAUGAUGAGUUUCAGCAGGAAGAGGAUCCUGUCUCUGGCUUCUCUGAAAACUUUUUCUUCUCUGCUCCUUUCGAAUGGCCUCAGCCGUACCGGGCCCUGAAGGAGUCGGACAGUGCCGAUGGAGAGGACGUGGGCAGCCCCGAGAAAGCGAGAGAGCCGCUGCCCCCGAGCCCUCUGCUCUCCAGCAAGGCCUCAGAAGUCAACCUCCUGGAAGAUAUCUUCCCCAACUUGGAAGUGGAAGCCCAGCCCCAGCCCCUCAGCCAGGCCAAGAGCCUGGAGGACCUGCGGACGCCCAAGGAGGAGGUGGAGCAGCGCUGCUCCUUUGAAUACCAGAGAAUGGAUCUCGGUGUGUCUGAGAGGAACAGGAUUGUGCCAAGCAUGAAGCUGUCCCACGCUUACAACAAGCUGUGGAGUAUGGGCCAUGAUGAUAUGGCUAUUCCCACCAAAUAUUCCCAAAGCUCGCCCGAAAGACCCUUGGCUGCCCUGGGUAACGUGCCCCCCAUCACCAGGAGACCCCAGAGCAGAGACAGUGGUCUGGCUCCUGCAGAAAAGGAGGAAUCCAGUCCUGCCAUUCAAGGGAACAUCACCAUUCCUAGGCCACAGGGAAGAAAAACACCAGAACUGGGCAUCGUGCCACCACCACCAGCACCCAGAGCUUCCAAGCACCAGGCUGCAGCUGGGUCAGCGGAAAUCCUCACCCCUCACGGGCGCAGCCACUUGGUUCCAGAUCUCAUCCCAGAGCCCUUUGGGGCUGGGAAUGUGUCCUUAGACACCGAAGUGCAGCAGUCAGUAAAUUCCUCCUCUCGCCCGUCGCAGCUGCUGUGCGGCGCUGCCGGCGCUGCCGAGAUGCUGCAGCCGGUGCGGGUGAAGACGGAAGGAGCAGGUAACGAGAGCGAGCUCCUGCUGAGCCUGCUGGACCCGCUGAGAACCACGGGCUGGCCGGGCUCGGCUCUGCCAGGCUCAGCCCCGCUGGGCUCGGCCCCCGCGCCCACCUUGGGUGCCCUGCCAAGCGACUUUGUGCCUCCUCCAGCUGCACCAUUUGCCCAGCCCCUUGGCUAUGCUGCCCCAGCUCCACCGCCUUUUCUACAGCCCUCCCCGAAUCCCUUCACCCAGACACUGCCAGGAGCCCUCCCCGUGUCCCUGGUCAGACCCCCGAGGGGCUCCUUCACCCCCUCCUUAGGUCACGCAUACAGCUCCAGCUUCAUAACCCCCACUGCCGGCUUCUACCCAGCACAGAGACCUCAGCCCCACAUGGCCACACUGUCCAUGCCAAACCUGUUCAGCCAGGCUCCAGCUGUGCCAGCAGCUGGCUCCUUGCUCCUGCAGACCCACAGCCCUUCUCCCACCAGCUCUCUCCAGCCAGUGUGUCUGGGUGGUCCCUCCAAACCCCGAACGUUACAGGUGGGCCAGCCCAGCACAAAGGUAGAUCCCAAACAAGCCCUGGCUCUUCUGGCCAGUGAACCCCCUCUGGUCCCUGCCAGGCCAGCCAAGGGCUUGGAGUCGUUGUUACUGUCCUCAAAAUCUGAGGAGACAAAAGAUCCAUUUGAAGAUCUGUUAAAAAAGAGCAAGCAGGAUGUGUCACCCACACCAGGUAAGGUGGAGCAGCUCAGAAAGCGAUGGGAAACCUUUGAGUGAUGCACCCCAUGGCCUUGGUGUCCUUUUGGAAGUGACAGAGGGAUUUUUUGGUUUUUUUGAGCCAGCAUAAAACCAAGCAUUUCUUUUAAGGAAGGCUGAGCCAGGAUUGCUGCAGGACCAUCACUGAGCUGCACCUCAGCACGAGAGCUUUUUGCCCACAGGUCAGAGUCCCCCAUUGUCCCAGUCCCUGACACUGCUCCCUCACUCCCUGCCACCAAACCCUGGGAUUCCUGCACUGACCAAAGCGUGAGGGGAGGUGGGGUGGGUUGGGAUUUCCACACACAGCUUUUCAGGCAGCACUACUGAUGCACAAGUUACUCCCUCCCUGUAUUUUCAGUCCUUGGCACACCUGGAGCGUGACACAGCCCACUCUGCUGAGGUUCAUUCCUGCUGCUGGGAAUGGGCCUCAGUUUUUCUGGCAAUACACAGAUACAAGGUUUUGUUUCCACAUGCAAAGCGCAGCAAACCAGCCUGACUUGUGGGCUGCACUGAACUGAUCAUCAGUCUCUGUUUGUGCUCCUUGCACCCCAGCCACUCCCAGAGCUGUGCUAUCAGAGGGACUUUGGUGGCACUUUUGGCUCCCCCCGUGAACACCGACAGCCAGGGCAGAGUUGUCACAGGCCUGGAAACCACAGCACAGAGCAGCUGCUCAGGGAUUGGUCCUGCAUCUCUGUUGGGAAACUGGAAACACCAGCAAUUGUUUUCAUUUUUUUGACUUUGUUUUUGUUAAAUACAUCAGAAAAUAGAGGCCAUAAAGAGUAUCCUAGUUCUUAUAUAUGUGUAUCUUAAUAUUAUCUAUCAAUAUUAUAAAUUGCAGUAUAUGAAUGGAAUGUAACAAUAUCUUACUUGAUUAUUACAAACAAAAAAAGAGAAAAAUUUUGGGGUAUCAAUGUUCCCAGCUCCUGAGUGCAGGUGAAGGCUGGUGUGCUGAGGGGCUGAGGGCAGGGCAUGGCCAGGAAGGGGGAUCUGGGCUCUGUGGCCUCGCUGGAGCCUCGGGCUGGCCCUGUCUGGCCCGCGAGGAGCGCAGGGGACGCUCAGCUGGGUGUUCUGAGCCCCCUCUCUGUGUUCUCCAGACAUUUCACACGAGCCUCAGCAUCCCCCAGGACAGCUGCUGUCUCUGAUCAUUUCUGUUUCACUUCAGUGGUGCUUUUUUGGUUUGUUUUGUAUCGGGGCACACUCUGGUGUAAAACCUGUCACUCUCGCAGAGGGAAUCACAUCACCAUUGAGCCUUUGAUAAAGGAAAUCAUCUUGGACACAUAGGGAAAUUCUUGUAAAGCUUUAUCUGAUUUCCAAUGUAUCUAUUUUAUUCAUGUUAUCUUGGAAGUUUUCUUACUCUGGGGAAUGGGAAUGGCUGUCUCUGUGUUCGAGGCUGGGCAGUACAAAAGAAAAGUAAUAUCUGAAAUGCUGCCGGUUUUGGGAAGACCACAGUAUUCCAGGAAUAUUCUGUUUCUGUACAGUGCUGUUCCUCUGACAAGCCAUUCACUUGGAUUUGUAUUUUCUUUUUGUGUUGAAAGACAGAUGGGUUUAGUAUUGAAUAGUAAAAUAUUUAAAGUCUAA